AUGUUAUUUAAUGAAGAAUUAAAAAUUAGUCGGAAUUUUCAAGUUUCGUUUGCCAAAGAUGUUAUUAAGGGUCUCUUUUUUAUCCACACAUCAACUUUAAAAUAUCACGGCUUUCUUUGUCUACAAAAUUGUCUCGUAGAUUCUAAUUGGAAUGUUAAAUUAACUAAUUUUGUGACAGAACAAAUAAUUGGAGAGAAACUUCGACAUAAUGAAUUAAAAUAUAUGACAGAAUCUGUAAUAAGGGCACAGAAAAAACAAAUGCAUAAAAAGGACCAAAAAGCGGAUGAAAGGGAAGAGAAGGAACGGAUAAAGAAAAGAAAGGAUGUUGAAAAUGAAAAACGAGAAAGAGAACGUGAACGACGGAAGAAGGACAAGAAGGACAGUGGAGAUCAAGACAGUACCGAAGACAGUCGUACAAUUUCUGAUGAAGAAUUGGAGCAAUCCAAAAAAAUUUAUGAAAAAUCACAUUUGAAAAAAUAUAUCCAACAAGCACCAGAAAUUAUCAGAGAAUUUAUUUCUUCGAAACAUUUACCUCAAGGCUCCCCAGCUUCUGAUAUGUAUAGUCUUGGAAUGGUUUUGUAUCAAAUUCUGUUUAAAUUGGAACCCUUCUAUGAGAGAAAUAUGCAACCCAAAAAAAUUAUGGAAAGAAUUUCUCUUUCAAGUGAAAAUGAUCAAAUUAUACGUCCUACAUUCCCCAAUCAACGAAAUAUAAGUAAUGAAGAGGGAUAUAAUCUUCAGUUGCUUUCGGCAAUAGAAGCCUGUUGGCUUGAAUUACCAGAAAUGCGUCCAAAUAUCAAAAGAAUGAAAACAAUGGUUAAUUCGAACUUGAAAUCAACGGGGAGCGGGUCUUUAGUCGACCAAAUGAUGAAAAUGAUGGAAGAAUAUACAACAAAUUUGGAACAAUUAGUUAAGGAAAGAACUCAACAAUUGGAAGAAGCACAACAACAAGCUGAUCGUCUUCUUAAAAAUAUGCUUCCAACAUCUGUCGCUGAGGACUUAAAAGCCGGACGUCCAGUCCUUCCCCAAUACUAUUCCAAUACAACAGUACUUUUCUCUGAUAUUCGAGGCUUUACACGUAUUGCUAGUACAUCUACACCGAUACAAGUUGUUAGCUUUUUGAAUGAUCUCUUCUCCGGUUUUGAUGCUAUAAUUGCUAAACAUGAUGCGUAUAAAGUUGAAACUAUUGGAGAUGCUUACAUGAUUGUCUCAGGCGUUCCCCGCGAAAAUGGAAAUGCACAUGUCCAACACAUUGCUGAUAUUGGUUUAAAAAUGCGAUCGUUUGUUUCAAAUUUUAAAUUGGCUCACAAACCAGACGAAAUAAUGAUGGUCAGAAUCGGAUUUCAUAGUGGGCCUGUCGCUGCGGGUGUUGUUGGGUUGGCAGCUCCUCGCUAUUGCCUUUUUGGUGAUACUGUUAAUUUUGCUUCUCGAAUGAUCAGCGAGAAUUCCUACAAUUUACUUAAAUGUUUUUAUCACCAUUUUGUGGUUGCUGAACGAGGAAAAGGAAAAGGUGAAGUAACAACUUAUUUUUUGGAAAGUAAAGAAUUAAAUAAUUAUGGACGUAAAUUCUGA